CAGUUUGAAGACGUGCGACCAGAGACACGGUUUGAGGAAUACUCGGAUUGAUAUGUCAUUUAUUUUUCGUCUGUCUAUGAGCAAGACUACGACCAAGUAAAUUAUAUUUGACGGAUUUAAACAAGCACUUUUUACUAGGGAGAACUCCAUAACGACCUUCAUUUCUUCAUUCAGUUUGAGGUGAAGAGACUUGUCAGCACACUUGUUGAUUGUUAAAUAUUUUGUAGUAUUAUUAGCCAAUAGCCUAUAGUUGAAUUGAACAGAACAAAUCUAAUGUAUAAGCCAAAUAUGUAGACACAUUUUAUCUGUAGCCUAUACUUAUUUUUGUCUCCUUUUUGUAGCUUUUUGACAGCUUAUUUUUUUUCUUUUUCGACUUCAUUCACAUUCCUUGCAACCUACGAUUUUCCCUUGUCCAGUUUAUGUUUUUGAAUAACCUUCAUUCGGAUUUGUACUAUCCACUACUUGGGACACAAUACCCACCUGUUGCAUUUCGCAGCAAAACUCAUAAAACAGACAUGUCACAGGUAGAGGUCGACGUGGCCGGACUGGGUUUCUCCAAAUUACCUGCUGGGUUCGACGCCAACUCCUGCUUCCCUGCCCGAAUACCUCCAAGGCGAAGGAGACACUCGGCAAACUCCAGGAGAAACUCGUACAGGUUGAGCAAAAUAAAUACAUUGGAUUUGGAGCCUCAAGUUUACGAUGAUGCCCCUCUCUCCAAAACUCACUCCUGGUCUGCUGAUGAUAUUUUAGCAGAAACAGCGGCAGAGGAGAAAAAGGUGGACUCAUCAGUGCCAGCCUCACCUGCCUCAAGCCCGGGAACGAGUACGUGCUCACCUUGUACCCAAGCGUCAGACCCCAUACCACCUCUUGAUACCUGGGACGCGCCACAGCCCAGCUCGCAAGCACAGGACACAAGUUCAGAUUCUGAGGAAGAAAUCACUGACAAAAAGGUCAUUUUAUCUCGAGCUCCAUUUGAAAGCAAACGGGAACAAGAGGAAAAGGAUGAAAUUGAGACCAAAGCCGUGGCGACGUCACCUGAUGGAAGGUUCCUCAAAUUCAACAUUGAAAUUGGGAGAGGGUCGUUCAAGACAGUGUAUAAAGGCCUGGAUACGGAGACAACAGUAGAAGUGGCAUGGUGUGAGCUACAGACGCGGAGGCUGACGAAGGUAGAGCGCCAGCGUUUCAGUGAGGAGGUGGAGAUGCUGAAGGGGCUGCAGCACCCCAAUAUCGUCCGCUUCUACGACUCCUGGAAGGACAACUGCAAGGGCCACAAGUGCAUCCUUCUUGUCACCGAGCUCAUGACGUCAGGCACCCUCAAGACGUACCUGAAGAGGUUCAAGGAGAUGAAGCUGAAGCUGCUGCAGCGCUGGAGCCACCAGAUCCUGAAGGGCCUCCACUUCCUCCACACCCGCACCCCGCCCAUCAUCCACAGGGACCUCAAGUGUGACAACAUCUUCAUCACCGGCCCCACAGGCUCCGUCAAGAUCGGCGAUCUGGGCCUGGCCACACUAAAGAGUGCGUCGUUCGCCAAGAGUGUCAUUGGGACUCCUGAAUUCAUGGCUCCAGAGAUGUAUGAGGAGAGGUAUGAUGAGGCGGUGGACGUCUAUGCCUUUGGGAUGUGCAUGCUGGAGAUGACCACGUCUGAGUACCCCUACUCUGAGUGCCAGAACGCUGCCCAGAUCUACCGUAAAGUCACCAGCGGAAUUAAGCCGGACAGCUUCUUCAAGGUAAAAGUCCCUGAGUUGAAAGAGAUCAUAGAGGGAUGCAUCCGCAUAAAUACAGACCAGAGGUACACCAUCCAGGACCUGCUGGAACACACCUUCUUCAAGGAGAACAACGGUGUCCAUGUUGAGCUGGCGGAGGAGGACGACACGGUGAAGUCUGGCCUGAAGCUGUGGCUGCGUAUGGACGACACCAAGAAGCUGCAUGGGAAGUACAAGGACAACAACGCCAUCGAGUUCCUGUUCGAACUCUACAAGGACGUGCCCGAGGAGGUGGCCCAGGAGAUGGUGGUGCUGGGCUUCGUCUGUGAGGCAGACUACAAGCUGGUGGCCAAAGCCAUCCGGGACCGCGCCACCGCCAUCAAGCGGCAGCGGGAGAAGCAGCGCCGGAUGGCCGAGGAGGCCCUGCGCCAACAACAGGAAACUGUCAUCGAGGAAGAACCAGAGCCGGCCCCCGAGCCAGAACCACCCGCCCCCAAACCUCAAAUAGCCCUUCCCAUCAAACCGCCCAACCCCGCCCCUGUCUCGGCGCCCCCUGCCCAGACUCCGCCCACUCCAACGGUGUCGGGGCCGGUGAUGUCCGUGGCUAACGGCUCGGUGGAUUCGGGGAUAAACGCCAGCUUCACAGCAGAGACGGAGGAGCAGGAGGCAGACCAGCGGCAGCACUACAACAUCAGACACACAAGCUACUCCUCUGCCACAUCCGACUGCGAGAUGGACGGUUACCUGAGCUCCUCUGGCUUCCAGGAUCCCGGGGAUUCCCCUCUCCAGCCUCCUGUUAACUCCGCCCCUUCCUCCACCACUCCUGUUCCAUGGCCUCUGGAGACCCCUCGCAUCGAGACCCUGGCCAUCAAGGCUCCUCCACCUGACGCUCCACCAAUCCCGGCUCUCCGCUUCCCCUCGAGUAUCGCUGUAUCCAACACUACCAUGCCCCAGUCAGGAAACGCCAAUGGUUUCGCUUCUCCUGUCGACAGCUAUGCCUCUGAUGUGACGUCAGGCUUGAGUGAUGGCAAUGAGGGCCUAUCAGAAAAGAGUGCCAACAAACGUACCGGGACCAAGCUCUUCAGGAGGAGAGCCCGCUCACGCCUACGAAUCACUGGGUUGUCUGACAAAGUGGACCGUGUGGUGGAGUGUCAGCUCCAGACUCACAACAGUAAGAUGGUGACCUUUAAGUUUGACCUGGACGGAGACAACCCAGAGGACAUUGCUGCUGUGAUGGUCCACAAUGAAUUCAUCCUUCCCUCUGAGCUGGAGGGCUUCAUCUACCGCAUGCGUGACAUCAUCAAGCGUGCAGAGGCCCUGAUGAAGAGGGGCGAGCCCCUGAGUCUGGGGGACGCUGCCCACCAACUCUACCCCUACCUCAGCGAAGUGGGCACCCUGUCCACCUCGCAGCCCAAUUUACACACGCAUGGACUGACACGGACACAUUCCUCUUCAUCUUUGCCUGACUUUGCUGAGGGCAGCGUUGCUCAGCUCCGAGGCUCAUCUCCUGUGGCGCCUGUUGGAGACUUCUACAUCGACCCAAAGGCGGUCCCUUCUGUUCGCCCCCUCCGCUCUCAGUCCUUCCAGACCACCUCAAGUUCUUCCCAGACCUUCCACCCGCCUGCUUCCCAUUACUCCCAGUAUUCCCACCUCGACAUCGUGCCCCCUGUAAUGCCCCUCAAUCAGCUGCCUCCCCUGCCCCAGCAGUACCCCAAACCCCCCUAUGUCCCCAACACCCACUUCCCCUUCCCUUAUCCUGUCAGCCAGACCUCCUCCAAGCCCCCCAGCACCCCCCUCACCCCUGAGACCUUCCACCGGGUCCUAAGCAACUCCAACCUUUCUUCCCCUUCUCCCUCCUCCUCCUCCUCCCCGGCCAAGCCGGCCACCCCAGGGCAGCAGCAGCAGCAGGGGGGUGAAAAGUUACCUCUGAGAUGUGAGGUAGUGGGCAGUACCCCCCUGCCCACCCCUCCAGCCCAGCAACAGCAGAACCCAGGCAUGUGGCCCCCCAACAGCCACAACCAGCCCCUCUUCUCCCUGGCCAACGUGUUGUCCCUGGCCAUGAGCGUGGCCCAGUCCUUCAUGCCCCCCACCUCCAUGCCCAGUGGUCUGAACCCGGGCCAGUCUGGCUCUUACCACCCCUCAAUGUUUGGCCCUCCCCAGCUGAUGCCAGGGGAGGACCUCUACCAACCCCAGGGCCAGAUAACAGCAGGCCAGUAUCUGGACAUGUACCAGCAGUAUGCAGAUGCCCAGGCUCUGCACCAACAGGGCCUGUUGAAGGCCAACGUAGCCCCAGGGUCACCCCAGCCUGGAGGGCUAGUGGAUGGGACUGCGUUCAGGCAAGCCGGCUCCAGCCUCUCUCCUCCAGGAUCCAGCGCAAGUCCCCAGAGGUAUUGCCAGCUGGGUCCCAGGGUGGGGUUCCAGGAGCAGACAGACAGCUCAGCCUCCACCUCUAUCACCAGCUCCCCCUCCUCCUCAGCUCCAGCCAGCCCACAGAGCACCGUGUCUUCACCCAGGCUAAGAACCUCUUCACCCCUGGUGGUGUCAGAGUCGGGAGCAAACGCUGCCAAAAACAGACUGUCACCUAUCUCUGAGGAGAAAAAGCCUACCGUUACUGUCGGCCGUUUCCAGGUCACACCCAGCAGAGAGAUCCCUGCAGCCUCCGCUAGCCCCGCCCAGGAUCCUCCCCAAACCCACCCACAACACCAAACCCCACCCACAGUCACCGUUAGCACCAGCCCUUCCUCCCAGGACAGUGAAUCUGAGACCAGCACCGAGGAGCAGGGGGGCGAAUCAGAAAACAGCAUUAGCACCGUAACCGUGUCCCCUCACCAGCAAUCCCCCGGCGGGCCGCUGUGUAACCUAGACAUCGCCCACUCCGUCCCUGGAGGCUCUAAGCAGACAGAGCAGGAGGACCAGCAGGAGAGCGAGGAGGAGCCAGACAAGGAGCAAAAGGAGGGAGAAGAGGAGGAGCUGAGGAGAAGGGGGGGCCGGAGGCUGAGCCUGAGCCUGUGGGAGGGUACGGCGGGGAGCCCCCAGUUCAGCGGGAGCAACCUGAACCAGCCCUGGAUGAGCUACACACGCAGCGCCUCGUAUGUCAGCAGUGACGAGACCGAGAGCGAGGACGAGGAUAUGUGCGAGGAGCUACAGGAACUCAGGGACAGGCACCUGUCAGAGGUGCAGGCCCUCCAGCUCACUCAGAAGAGGGAGAUCGAGGCGCUGUAUGAGCGGAUGGGGAAGGUGCCUCCCCCUGGCAUUGUGUCCCCCGCCGCUAUGCUCAACAACCGCCAGAGGCGCCUCUCCAAGAGCGGCAACUACCCCGGCUCGCGUAGGAACAGCCUGCAGAGACUGGACAUACUGCCCCCUGCAGGGAUCAUGCGUAAAAACUCAGUCAGUGGCAGCAGCAGUGGCUCUCAGGAGAGGUCCAGUAAAGGGGUGACCUUUGCCCCCGACUACAACCGGAUGUGAGACGUGUCUCCCUGUGUGAGCCGGAGGACUGGGAGUUGGGGCAGGUGAUACUGUGGCUGGCCGCCUCCCCUCCCAACCACCAACCAGG